CUCAAUCUGGUGCCACCGGUUCUGCGUGUUGAAUGAGAAUGUUUUAAUUGUUUUAAUUGUUUAACAAGUUUGUGAGAAUAUCAAGAAGACUGCAGAGAUGGACGUGGUGCCAGGCACAGCAUCACUUCUUGACGAACUUGACAAAAAGCUGAUGGUCCUUCUGAGGGAUGGACGAACGUUGAUUGGGUACUUGAGGAGCGUUGACCAAUUUGCGAAUCUCGUUUUGCACAGAACUAUCGAGAGAAUUCACGUGGGGAAGGAGUACGGUGAUAUACCCAGAGGUGUAUUUAUCGUCAGGGGUGAAAAUGUCGUAUUGUUAGGCGAAAUAGAUAGAGAAAGGGAAAAAGAUCUUCCCCUGUCUGAAGUAUCAGUGGACGAUAUAUUGGAUGCACAGAGAAGAGAGCAGGAAUCCAAGCAAGAUCAAGAUCGUCUGCAGAGUAAAGCCCUGAAGGAGAGAGGGCUGUCAUAUAUUCCAGAUCUCGGACAUGACGAUAUGUUCUGACCCAUGACGGUGAUCUCUGGACCCCACUCGUAUGCCUCCACUCCCAAUAUCGCGAAUUAAUUAUUUUAGUUCAUAAAAAUCUGCCAAGUUGUUCAAUCGUGAGAGUCAACAUGAAGCAACACAACUUCUACCCGCGCCAGAGGGUUUAAAAUCGUAACCAAUAGAUGGAAAAAUAAAACUAGAAAUUCUCUAACAUUUGAGAAAAUAUUUAUUGUGGAAAAUUCAUGAUUAUUCAGUAUAAAUUGCUUCUGUUUCUUAUAAAAAAUUCUCGUAAAAAAAUCAAA